UCGUGCGUUCAAGGUUAAUAACCACGUGUUAUUUUUGUUUAAUUUGAUUUUCGUUGUUCAAAUUUUCAAAAUUUCGUUUUUAUUAAAAAUAAUUACGUUUUUAUAUUUUGUUAAAUAGUUAUCAUUUAUCUCAACUAGCCACUAAAAUGGUAAUAACAAAACUCUACAAGUCAUCAGGACUAUUAUCAGGUCAGCUGUCAUCAAAACUCACGACCUUGCAACAAAUAUGUCCCUCAAUAACCAGCCUCCAAACAGAAACCUGCUAUUACAUCGAAAGCGAUUCCGCCCUAACCUCAGCGGACCUUAAAAUAAUAAAUUUCGCCCUAACGUCGCCAUUUGACCCCGAGCUGCAUAACGAAUCCCGGAUUUCAAGCCCAAUGAUAAUCGAAAUCGGGCCGCGGCUUAAUUUCUCCACGGCCUUUUCCAGCAACGCGGUCUCAAUACUAAAAUCCGCGGGGCUGAGUUGGAUUACGCGGGUAGAAAAAUCUACCAGGUACUGCAUCAACUCUUUGGUUCCAAUAGAUUCGAAUUUAGAAGAUCGUUUGGUCAAUUCCCUGCACGAUCGCAUGACCGAGUGCCGCUACAACCGUCCCAUUGAAUCCUUCGAUCACGGAUUCCGUUCCGAGCCCUGGUUUGAAGUUGACAUCCUCCAGAAGGGCAGACAAGCCCUCGUCGACGUCAACGCACGUCUAGGCCUUGCCUUCGAUGACUGGGAUCUAGAUUUCUACACAGAUCUCUUCAAGUCAAAGCUGAAACGCAACCCCACCAGUGUUGAAUGCUUUGAUUUGGCUCAGUCCAACAGCGAGCACAGUCGCCACUGGUUCUUCCGCGGGAAACUGGUCGUAGAUGGCCAAGAAGAGUCUCAGACACUCUUUGACAUGAUAACAGCGACCCAAAGCACCAGCAAUCCUAACAACGUCAUCAAAUUCGCUGAUAACAGCAGCGCCAUCAAAGGCUAUCGCGUCCCAACGGCAAUCCCUAGGGAAACAUGGCAGCCAAGUGCGUUCCAGGUCGCAGAUGUUCACAAGCACUUGAUAUUCACUGCGGAAACCCACAAUUUUCCGACAGGAGUCGCGCCCUUCAGUGGAGCGACCACUGGAACCGGUGGUAGGAUCCGUGAUAUCCAGGGCUGCGGUAGGGGGGGUUACUACAUUGCAGGGACUGCUGGUUACAGUGUCGGGAACUUAUUUAUUCCGGGUUACAAACUUCCUUGGGAAGUGCCAGCAGCUUAUCCGUCUAAUUUAGCAACGCCGUUGGAGAUAAUCAUCGAAGCCAGCAAUGGAGCUUCUGAUUACGGUAACAAAUUUGGGGAGCCGAUGAUCUCAGGGUUCGCGAGGACAUUCGGGAUGAUGAUGGACCCUAGGGUUGAGUGGAUCAAGCCGAUUAUGUUCAGCGGUGGGUGUGGAACGGUCGAUGCCAAUAUGAUUGAUAAGUUGGCUCCUGAACCUGGAAUGCAGGUUGCUAAGAUCGGGGGUCCGGUUUAUAGGAUUGGGGUUGGCGGGGGUGCUGCUUCUUCGGUUGCGGUUCAAGGCACGCAGGCGGCGGAGCUAGACUUUGGGGCCGUGCAACGUGGGGAUGCAGAGAUGGAACAGAAGUUGAACCGCGUGGUCCGCGGGUGCACGGAAUUGGGUGAUAGGAACCCAAUUUUGAGUAUUCAUGACCAAGGUGCAGGUGGGAAUGGGAACGUUCUCAAGGAAUUGGUGGAACCAGCUGGCGCUGUGAUUUUUAAGCAGAAGUUUGAACUAGGAGACCCGAGUAUCAGUACCCUGGAGCUCUGGGGUGCUGAGUAUCAGGAAAAUGACGCGAUUUUGUGUUACCAAGAUGACGUGGGACUGAUUGAGAAAAUUGCGAAGCGUGAGAAGUGUCCGGUUAAUUUCGUGGGCACUGUAACUGGUACUGGGAAGAUCAUUUUGUCUGAAGAAGAAGAAUGUGAUGCUACGAAGUACAUGACAACUAAUGGAGAUUCAGGUCUGAAGCAUCCAGUGGACCUAGACCUUGAAUUCGUGCUCGGGAAAAUGCCCCAGAAGACAUUUGUUAUGACCCGGGAACCCGCGAAACUGAAAGCUUUGGUCUUGAGACCUGACCUGAGCGUAUCCGAAGCACUAGAUCGCGUCCUUAGACUCCCUAGUGUCGGAAGCAAGCGAUACCUGACCAAUAAAGUCGAUCGGUGCGUAACUGGACUAGUCGCCCAGCAACAAUGCGUGGGACCGCUUCAUACUCCAUUGGCCGACGUGGCAGUCACUGCAAUCUCACACUUCUCUACUGCCGGACUCGCCACGUCAAUUGGCGAGCAACCGAUCAAAGGACUUGUCAAUGUUGAAGCCGGUGCUAGGAUGACAGUCAUCGAAGCAGUGGCAAAUUUGGUCUUCGCCAAAAUAUCCGACCUCCGGGAUGUUAAGUGCAGCGGGAACUGGAUGUGGGCCGCUAAAUUAGAAGGCGAGGGUGCUAAGCUCUACGACGCAUGUCGUGCGAUGUGUCAGCUGAUGAGUGACCUCGGGAUCGCCAUUGACGGAGGCAAGGAUUCGCUGAGUAUGGCAGCAAGAAUUGGAUCCGAAGUCGUCAAAGCGCCUGGUACUCUUGUGGUCUCUUGCUACGCACCCUGUCCUGAUGUUACCAAAGUCGUUACUCCAGACAUCAAAGGACCCAGCAGAGGACACGAAAGCUCGCUGAUCUUCGUUGAUUUGUCUGGUGGCAAAAGCCGACUAGGUGGCACUGCGCUGGCCCAAGUCUACAGCCAGCUUGGAGAUGAAGUUCCUGAUGUUGAGAAUGCGAGCGACUUUGUCAAGGCUUUCGAAAUCAUCCAGCAGCUUAUUGCUGAAGGUAAGAUUCUUUCUGGGCACGAUGUAAGUGACGGCGGACUCAUUACCUGCUUCCUGGAGAUGGCUUUCGCUGGAUUAGCUGGUCUAGAAGUCAAAAUACUUCACAAAGAAGGCAGCGCACUGGAAAUUCUGUUCGCUGAAGAGGUCGGUUGGGUUCUGGAAGUCGCCAGUCCUGCAGAUGUCCUGGAAAUAUUCCAGAAGGCUAAAGUUCCAGCCUUCUUUAUCGGAAAGGCCACGAAACUGGGAAUGGACUCCCCGAUAACCGUUUACGUGAACGAUGAACGUGUUCUGGACGCGACGGUGUUCCAGUUGAUGAAAAUCUGGGAGGAAACCAGCGCACAGUUGGAAAAACGUCAGACCAACGUUUCCUGUGCGGAAGAAGAGUUCGCCAGCUUGCGAAAACGUCGGGUUCCUUAUUCCCACUUGUCAUUUGAUCCAGACAUGAAACCCGUUGUAGAAAAGCCUUUGAAAGUGGUCAAGGUCGCGGUGGUUCGUGAGGAAGGAAUCAACGGAGACCGGGAAAUGGCUGCGGCCUGCAUGCAAGCGGGAUUCGAGGCCUGGGAUGUCACGGUCCAGGAUCUGUUGGAAGGACACGUGACCCUGGACCAAUUCCGAGGUGUAAUCUUCCCCGGAGGGUUCAGUUACGCGGAUGUCUUGGGUUCCGCGAAGGGUUGGGCUGCCAGUUUGCUGUUCCAUCCAGUUCUGCGCUCGCAAUUGGACGCUUUUAAAAACAGGAGCGACACUUUCAGUCUUGGGGUCUGCAAUGGGUGCCAGCUGAUGAGUCUGCUGGGUUGGGUUGGGUCUGAGAAGAAUUCCAGCGAACCUACGGUUAUUUUGGACCACAACAAGUCCGAGAGGUUCGAGUGCCGUUGGAGCUCAGUCAGGAUCGAAAAGUCCAAGGCCAUUAUGCUCAAGGGAAUGGACCAGACGGUCAUGGGCGUCUGGGUCGCGCAUGGAGAGGGCAAAUUUACAUUCCGUUCUGACCAGGUUCUGGAGAAAUUGAUAACAGAGGAAUGCGUCGCUAUCAGAUACGCUGAUGACGCGGGACAGGCUACUGAGUCGUACCCCAUGAAUCCUAACGGAAGUAUUGGUGGCGUCGCGGGCGUUUGUUCAACUGACGGAAGACAUCUUGCCAUGAUGCCGCACCCGGAAAGAUGCACUCAGAUGUGGCAAUGGCCGUACGUUCCUGUAGGAUGGAGUAAUAAGACAUCUCCUUGGCUCAGGAUUUUCCAGAACGCGUUUGAUUGGUGUUCAGAUAAUUAAUUAUUUUUUUGUUUGUUAUAUUUUUUAUUUUUAAUGGAAAGUAAUAUUUUAAAUAAUUACGAUUAAUUUUUUGUAAAAGGGAGGCAAAAUGGGCCAAUGAAAAAAUAUACUAAACCGGUAUUUUUUAUAUAUAUUUAGAGUGAACUAUAAUACUUGAAAUAAUAUUUAAAUAUACUACAAUAUUUUUUUAUUUUUGAAUGAAAUAGCUUAAAUAUAUCGAAAUAAUAAAAAAAUAUUAAUGAUAAAACG